AUGCCAUUAAAAUUGGAACUUAAGAACUAGAAUAAAGAUCACCUUUAAACUUCAAUUCUUCAGAUUCUAUAUCUUCAAACAUUUCUUAAAAUAGACAAGAUUAAAGGAAAUCUUCAAUUGUUGUAGGAACUUCUAAGUUUAUUUAAUAUAGUGUUAAAUUGUCUAAACAGAAUUCUAAAGAAAUUACUGGUAAAUAUUAUAUUUUGAAUUAAGAUAUUCCAUCGAAAUAAGAACCAAAAAAAACAAGAGAUCUACAUAGAUUGGCUUUGA